AUGUUGUCGUACGCCGUCCGGCUCACUACGAUUCUCGUCGCCGCCCUCACAUGUCUGGCCGUCGUCGACGCCUCGCCGGAGGCGUCGUGCAAGGCGUACCCUGGCAGCGCUGACUGGCCCUCCGCAGAAACGUGGGCCCGCCUCGAUGAGUCUCUUGGGGGCCGACUCCUGCGACCGACUCCUCCGGGAGCUGUCUGCCAUCCCGGACUCGCCGUCUACGACGAGGGCCGGUGCGCCGCCGUCACGGCCGGGUGGGGCUCCUACGAGCUGCACGUCGCCGACCCCGUCUCAGCCAUGUGGACCAACUUCGGCAAUGACUCCUGCCCUCCUGACCCAGCUCGUGUGUGCAGCCCUGACGGAUACCCUGCUUUCGUCGUCAACGCCACCACGCCGGAGCACAUCAAGCUCGGCGUCGAUUUCGCACGGGAGAACAACGUGAGGCUCGUGGUCAAGAGCACCGGCCACGACUAUCUCGGCAGGUCGAUUGCCCCCGGCGCCCUCUCCAUCUGGGUGCAUCACAUGCAGGAUGUCGAGUACCACCCGGGUGAGUUCAAGCUGGCGGGCAGCGACGUCACCAUCGCGGGCGACGCCGUGUCUGCCGGCGGGGGCACCGAGAUGUACAAGCUCUACAGGGCCGCCGCCGAGCACGGCCGGGUCGUGGUCGGCGGCACGGCCAAGUCGGUGAGCGUGGGCGGGUAUGUUACUGGAGGCGGCCACUCGCUGCUUGCGCCGCGCUUCGGCCUGGCCGCAGAUAACGUCCUGCAGAUGGAAGUCGUCACGCCCUUGGGCGAAGUGCUUACUCUCAACGAGGCCCAGAACACGGAUCUGUUCUGGGCGAUGCGCGGUGGAGGCGGGACAACUUACGGCGUCAUCACGUCCGUCACCUUCGCCACGCACCCCACCCCUCCGAUAUCCAGCACGGCGUGGGCCAUGCUCACGGAACCCAGGGCCCCUUACCUCCCGGGCCUCGCCGCAUACUUCUUAUCCCAGGCGCCGUCGCUCGAAAAGGCCGGGAUGUCGGGCUACGCCUUGAUCAACUCCCACAUGCCGAACCCCAUCAGCGCGCCGGGUCUCCCGCCCAACGCGGCCGGGGUCAUCGGCGUGUCCCUCCUGCAGGACGACGCGGACCUGGACGAGGUGGGCAGGAUCUGGGCCUCGAUCAACCAGACCGUCGCCGAACGCUGGCCUCAGGUGACAUUCCUCAGCUCGAACGCGCAGUUCCCGACCUGGUUGGACUACUACGACGAGAACUACGACCACAACAAGGCGGGUUUCAACAAGCUGCUGGUAUCGCGGCUCAUAGACGAACAGACGCUGACGGGGGACACCGGCGCGCUGGCCGGCGCGGUAGAGACGAUGCUCGGCAACGUCGGCGGCAUGUACGCCUUCCUGGUCUCGGGAAAGGGGGUGCACGGCGCGGAGCCGAGGGGCGGCGGGAACGCCGUGCACCCGUCGUGGCGGAGAGCCUAUAUUCUCGCAAUCUCUGCCGUGGGGUGGACGUCGUCCGACGCGGCCUCCAGGGAUGACGCCAAGAAGAGCAUCUACGAUGCGGCCGAGGGCUUUCGCCAGCUCGGGCCCGACAUGGGCGCCUACCUGAACGAGGGCCUGCCGCACGAGAGGGACUGGCAGAAGACCUUUUGGGGCGACAGCUAUGCGCGCCUACUCGAUAUCAAGAAGUCCGUCGAUCCGGGCGACACCUUCUGGUGUCAUCCGUGCGUCGGGAACGAGGGGUGGGCGGAGAGGAGUGACGGGCGGCUUUGUAAGGCCUGA